CCGUGUUUGUGAUCACCGCAAUUCGCCACCGUUUCCGGUUCCAGCCUUCGCCGACGAUGACGUCACUCUCCGGGUAACGCCCCUCCGACGGUGCCCGUGACGUAUCUCUCCCCAGGGGCGACAUGACGUCACGCGGCGUGGGCGUGACGCCGAAGUGAUCCCGGAAGUGGGUGUCGAGGGCUCCGCGUGGUUUGUGUCUCGCGCUCCGCAGACAGAGAGAGACAGAGCGAGACAGCGAGCCGGGUUCAGGAGAAGACGGGAGCAGGAGUCGAACCUUCUUCCUCAUCAUCAUCAUCCCCACGACCAUGAGCGGCAGAAGCGCCGUACUCCACCGGGUAUCGGUGUUUGCGCUGCAGGACGCCGGCAGCGCCGACCUCGUGACCGGCCUCGCGCUCGCCCGGCCGGAGACCGGGCGAGGCGUCGCCGUACCGGACGACGCGGAGCCGGAAACGCCGGCGGUGCCGGCGGAGGAGGCGGCACGGGAGCGAGCGGGCGCCGGCACCGGCGGGGAGGAGGGAGGCGAGCGAGGCGGAUGCUCGGCCUGCCGGUGCCAGUUUGAGAGUCGCGAGGAGCAGGUGGAGCACUACAAGCUCGACUGGCACCGCUUCAACCUCAAGCAGCGUCUCGCCGGCGCCGCCAUCGUCAGCGCCGAGGAGUUUGAGGAGCGGACGGGUGACAUCUCAAGCAUCUCCGGCUCGGAAUCUGACUCCGAAUCGGAGCCGUGGGACAGCGAGCCCGACCCCUCCCAACCUCGCGACCUUCAACCCCGGCGGACGCAGCUCGACGGGAAGACGGAGGAGGAGGAGGGCGGCCCGGCACGGCAGUCGCUCCGCGUGCUCUUCACGAACCGAGCGCAGCAAACGCUGUCGCUGCACCGCUGUGUGCUGCACAGAAAGCAGGAGACCGCGCAGGACGUCGAUGCCGUGGGCCGCGUGCUGGCGCUGGACCCUCGCACCAAGUGGGCCGUGCUCCUGGCAGGAGGAGGCCACUUCGCCGGCGCCGUCUUCCAGGGGGAUACGGUGCUGGAGCACAAAACGUUCCACCGCUACACGGUGCGGGCCAAGCGCGGCACGGCGCAGGGGCUGCGCGACGGGCAGAGCCGCGGCAACGCGCCCAAGUCGGCCGGCGCGUCGCUGCGCCGCUACAACGAGGCGGCGCUCGCCAGGGACGUGCGCGAGCUGCUGGAGAGGUGGGCGCCGCUGCUUCGCGAGGCCGACGGCGUCUUCGUGCGCGCCGCCAGCUACAGCCGGGCGCUGUUGUUCGGCGCGUGCGCACCGCUGCUGGCGCGCGACGACGCCCGUGUGCGCGCGGUGCCCUUCGCCACGCGGCGCGCCACCCACGCGGAGGUGGUGCGCGUGCACCGCGAGCUGGCCGCCGUGCUGGUCUAUGCCAAGGGGACCGACGUGGUGGAGGUGGCGAGCCCCGGCAGGAGGGCGUGGAGGAGAGCCGGGCGCCCCGCGGAGACCGCGGGGACCACGGCUCAACCCGCGGUGCCCUCUCACGGAGCAGGAGGAACGGGAGACGAUGCGGACGAUGACGACGACGGCGACGUGACGUUGCAGACGAGCGAGGAGUGUCUGAGCACGGCGCACCUCAGCGAGUACGACCUGCAGCCGAGCCGGGCCGCGCGACGCCGGGCCGCACGCAACAACAACAACAAGCAGAAGAAGCAGCAGCAGCAGCAGCCGCAGCAGCAGCAGCAGCAGCAGAGCGACCUCUCGGAGGGCCAGGAGGAGCGCCACCCCAAGGGGUCAGAGGAGAGUCCGGUGCCAGCGCCUGAGGGCAGGGCGGCGGACGAGGCGGUGGACGGGGCGGACGGUUCAGAGGACACGGGGGACGUCACGGCGGGAGACGGAGUGAGUCACGGGAGCCACGAGCAGGAGGAGGAGGAGGAGCAGGGGAAGCGGCGUCCAAAGCGGCGCGAGAAGAAGUCCAAAGCGAGCGCCGGCGCGGCGCUGACCAACGCCCUGCACGCCGGUACCGCUCGCGACGAGACAAGCCUUGAGGCGCGGCGGACCCGGGCUACUACCGGGUGCGGGACGAGCUGUACACGGCGUGCAAGGUGGGCGACGCGGGCACUCUGCUCCGCAUCCUGGGACCCCUGCUGCCUCGCCCUGUUGACCCCCUCCCUCACGAGCUGCCACCCCCCGGGGGGUCGCCCCCUCUGCCCGAGGACUCCGCUUCAGGCUCGCCGCGCGCCCCAUCUGGCGGCAUGUCCCACGCCCCCGAGAGCACGGAGGAGAGAGGGAGGUUGGCGGAGGGGGCGGCCUUCCCAGAAUGCAGUGCGGAGGCGGUGGCGGCCAUGCUGGCCGAGGCGGUGGGGGCGGCCGGCUGGACGCUGCUGCACGUGGCGGCCGCCAGCGGGCAGAGGACGGCCGCACGGCUGCUCAUGGAAGCCGGGGCAGACCCCACCAUCAGGGACAGGAAGGGCCGCCCGGCGUACUGCGCGAGCGCCGACAAGGAGACACGCCACGAGUUCCGGCGCUACGCCGCGCAGCGCCCGGGCAAGUACGACUACGCCAGGGCCCAGAUCCCGGGCCCGCUCACCGACGAGAUGGAGAGCGACCGUGCGGAGCGCAAGCGGGCGCAGCGAGCGGCGCGACGCGUCAAGGACCGCGACCAGCGGGAGGAGCGGCGGCGCCAGGAAGCCGAGGACGCGGAGACGCGACGCUUUGCCUCGCUCAGCGACCGCGAGAAGAGGGCGCUGGCAGCGGAGAAGCGGCUGGCGCAGCAGGGAGCAGCAACGUCGGCCGCAGCAGCAACGCUCGGCAACAUCAGGAGGUGCUGGCAGUGUGGGCAGUCCCUACAGGAGAAGACACCCUUCGAGUACUUUGACUUCUCGUUUUGCACCAUCGCUUGCCUGCAGCAGCACAAGCGCUCUGGCGCCAGCGCCAAGCCUUGACGUGCCACUGCGUGCAGGCACAGCUCUCCGGUUCACGCGGGUGGACGAGACGUAUUCCCGCACGGUGGCGCGUUAAGGGACAAGCUUUUUUUCGUACUUCGAGGUACAGCGGCCAGCGUGGUUGAUGCUCGUGCAUCGCAGUACUAGAAGGGCCUGGGUUCAAUUCCUGAGUCAAUGUUCCUCCUGUUCUGCAUGGGGUUUCUCCAGGUUCCCUGGUCUCCUAAAACAAACACGCAAUGUAACCGGUACUAGCCAAAACAUCCACAUGCUAACUGCACUGCAAAUUACGCGAUUGGGAUUACACUCAUCAACAACAUCGCCCCCUACUGUGACACCCGAGCAGAACACCUCCUGAAAAGGAGCCGAGAGACUGAGGUUCUCCUGGUUUAAACAAGCCGAGUCGUAGCAGAGUUUGCAGUGGUCAGCUUAAUUUCUCAAUGAAUAUUUUGUGGAUGACUAUGGUGGUGCCGGGUGCUAAUGAUUUACCAUGUCGCUGCCCUGUUCAAGUAUCGUGCCCUGUUCAAGUAUCGUACCCUGUUCCUUGAACCCGUUCGUGAACUCGUCAGUUUUGCCUUCAUGUGGGCUCUUGUAGAGCAAACAAAACCACCCUGAUGCCAAGUCAGCAAUUCUAAAUUCUUUAUGAACUCAAAAAAUCAAACGCUUACACCAAACGAGUCAUCUCACUGCAAUAUUAACAUUGCGUUUAACGUUGGUUAGAAAACCAAUCGCACCCUGAGCAUCAUUGCAGCGUGACACAAAAGCGUUUCAACUGGACAGAGCGUCGCCCCAAUCGGCAAGUGUACAAAGUCACAGGUGAUUGCGUCAAUAAGAAUAGUGCAAAAUAAAUCGUGUGUGCUGGUAGUCUUCAUUCGUUUCUGCCGCCAGGAAGUGGUGGCGAUUCGCCGCACUCCCCGCAGCAUCAGUGCCAGGGGGCCAGGCCCAGCGGCAGCACCCGCGCAGGGGCGUGCACCGUGCCGUUGAGAACGGGGCGAUCCACGAACCGGACCGCACAGGAGACAGGCGAGCACGACGCAGGCGCCGCCUCCAGCUCCAGCACGCUCACAUUGUUGGGGGCGGUGGUGCUGAGUGCCGUGGCCGGCACAAACAGCGUGACCUGCGGGCCCGCGGCCGGCCAGUAGCGGCCCAGGUUGAAGCCGUUGAUCCACACCUGGCCCUGUGUGUGUGCACACGCGGAACGUGAUUCAGCAGCGGUUAUUAUGAACCUGCGCUAGGAACCCGGCAACCCGGGUUGUGUACGUUGGCGAUGUAUGUGCGCAUCUGAAACUUGAGUGGACAUUGGUCAAAGGUGUCGACACUGACAUGCAUAAUUUUACUUCUGGAUGAGUAUAUGUGCUUUCUAAUCAAUAAAAAAGUAAAAAGCCGU